AUGUCUUCUUCUCUGGACUCGAAGGGUGGUGAGACGACGGCCAAGUCUAAAUACUGGCUUAGAAGGUUCUUUUCUCAUGAGGAAGUCGACGAUAUCGAGCACCAGGGUAGUCCAGGAUUCAACUCGUUCAAGACUCCACAUGAUGGGUGCUACAAAGAGCCAGACUCAGCCUUCAUCCACGUCAACGAGAUGGCCUGGCCGUGCGUUGUGAUAGAGUCGGGAGUCUCAGAGUCAUCCGCAAAACUUGUACGCGACAGGAACAUAUGGUUGGAAGGUGGCCACGUAAAUGCUGUCCUGGCCAUGAAGUUCUAUGUUCAAAAGAACAAAACGGUUACUGGAAAAGCUCAAAUUUUCCGCCCUGGGGGCAACAAUUCCCCCGAAGGAAUAAUUUUUCCGGCACCGUCUGCCGCUGGGCCUCAGGCUCCGCAGACCAUCAGUUUCUACAGAAAAGACUUCUAUCCAAAUGGUCAAGUGCCCUCCGGCCGGGAUGGAAACGAUGAAUGGAAAUGGGACAUGGACCAGCUACGAAUCAUGGUGACCCGGAAUAUGGCAACUGAGGGUCUUAACUCUGUCUGGGCUAUGUGCUGA